GGAGGGUACGGCGCAGGCGCAGUGAGAGGCGGAAGGGGAAGGUGACAGGAGGGUACGGUGGCCGGUGUGGUCUGUAGCGGAGGGGUCGCCAUGACGCUCUUUCAUUUCGGCAAUUGUUUCGCUCUCGCCUAUUUCCCUUAUUUCAUCACCUACAAGUGCAGCGGCCUGUCCGAGUACAACGCCUUCUGGAGAUGUGUGCAGGCCGGAGCCACCUACCUCUGUGUACAACUCUGCAAGAUGCUCUUCUUGGCGACAUUUUUCCCAACAUGGGAAGGCGCAGUGGGAGCGUACGACUUCAUCGGGGAGUUUAUGAAGGCCACGGUUGACCUGGCGGACCUCCUGGGGCUGCACUUAGUGAUGUCCAGGAAUGCUGGGAAGGGGGAGUACAAGAUAAUGGUGGCAGCCAUGGGAUGGGCGACCGCGGAGCUCGUCAUGUCCAGGUGUCUACCUCUGUGGGUUGGUGCUCGAGGAAUUGAAUUUGAUUGGAAAUAUAUCCAGAUGAGCAUCGAUUCCAACAUCAGCUUGGUUCAUUACAUGGCUGUAGCCGCUCUGGUAUGGAUGUGGACGCGGUACGACCUCCCUACUCACUUCCGUCUUCCCGUAACGGUCCUCCUGGGCAUGAGCAUGUAUAAAGCCUUCCUCAUGGACUGCUUCGUCCACAUCUUCCUUCUGGGCAGCUGGACUGCUCUCCUCCUGAAAGCCGUGGUCACCGGUGGUCUGUCCUUAAGCUGUCUCACCCUCUUCGUCAGUCUCGUCCACGGCAACUGAGGAAACCGCAGAAUAAGCGAACUCUCUCUGGCCAUCAGCCGCUGCGCUGUCUCUGUGAAGGAGGCGAAUGGCAAAGCGCUUUAGGGGGUGCGGAAAAACUUUAUACGUAUUAUGUUUUAAAUUAAUUUGCUAAAAAAAAAACAACUUUAUAUAAUAAAACACAUGUGAACGACC